AAAGAGGAUACCAGGGAAAGAGAAAGAGACAGAAAGAGAGAGAGAGGGGGGAGAUAGGGACAACACCUCAUCAAGGAGAAAAGGACAGAGUAAAGGGUUGUAAACUACACACAAUUCUGCAUAAACAUGAUUUUGGCAGCAUAUCGAGACAAGGUGAAGGAGCUCCCUCUAGUUUCACUUCUGUGUGCUCCUGCAUCAAUUCAAACCCUGCUGAAAACCCCACAUAUAAGGCUGAGGAUGCAGUGGAUCUCAGCUGGUGUGUGAUCAAAGAUAUGGAGGUCAUUGAGCUGAACAAGCGGGCCUCGGGCCAGGCAUUUGAGGUGAUCCUGAAACCCCCCUCUUUUGACGGCGUGCCUGAGCUUAACACAUCCAUGCCCCAGCGUAAGGACCCCUCACUGGAGGAGAUCCAAAAGAAACUGGAAGCAGCUGAGGAGCGGCGGAAGUUUCAGGAGGCUGAGAUGUUAAAGCAUCUUGCUGAGAAGAGGGAGCAUGAGAGAGAGGUCAUCCAGAAGGCUUUUGAGGAGAACAACAACUUUAUUAAGAAUGCUAAAGAAAAGUUGGAGCAGAAGAUGGAGGCCAUUAAAGAAAACCGCGAGGCUUUGCUUGCUGCCAUGCUGGAGAGACUACAGGAAAAGGACAAACACGCAGAGGAGGUGAGGAAGAAACAAAGAGUUGAAAGAGGAGGCCUGCCGGUAGAGGAGCGCCUGCUGCGCUGGACAGCUUGACUAAAGUCAAGGGGGAUGAAAACGGUGAAGAGAAAAUGAAGCAAACGGUAGCCAAUACAUCU